AUGACAAACAUACAUGAUAAUAAUCAAAGUGUCGACGACUCAAUCACCAAGGUCUUGGUUACUGGUGCUCCUGUAGUACCACUUUCGAUGACAUCAGAUGAAGCUAUCUCAAUUUUAGAUCAAGUUCUACAAGAAACAAUAAUUGAUCAAGAAGAACAAGACGAUGAUUAUUAUCCAAAUUCUAGCAUUUCUACUGCAGGAAUGAACAUGUCAUCUUCAAGUAAUCUACAAGCUUCUUCAAAACCAAAAGCAACAAAUGAACAGCUUCAACUAAAUGCAACAAAGAAUGGUCGUUCAAAAAAAAAUCAACAUCAACAACUACAGUUAUUGAAACGUACAUCGUCAAGCAUUACGAUUAAUCAAUCAGAGCCAUCAUUACAAGCUAUGAUCAAUUGUUUACAUACUUUAUUUGCAUCAGCACCAAAUCAAUCCGAAAAAAAAUCGGCCUAA